GCUCACCUUAAUGCUAUGAAUAAGGCCCACCCUCUAGACUGUAGGUACCUGGCCGAGAACAAUUCCUCUCUGGCAUAUAAUGGUCUGUUUCCCCUGUAUCCAGAGAGAUCAAUAGAUAUGUCUUGGAGAUCGAAAUGUGGGGACAAUUUGCCUGACACCCCUUCUCUUGCUGGCCGCGGAGCACAUGGCUCGGGCGGUUCUGCUUCCGGAACAAGUCCCUCAGAGCAACCUGCUGGGUCCGAACUGAUCCCUAUUCCCCCUGUAGUUGAGAUCCCAGAGGGGAAUGUGGAAGCCUCGCGCCCCUUUGAUGCGGAGGAAGUUGAUGCGGGUGCUCUUGUUCACAGGGGGAGGCACUCCAGUGCUGGUGAUGCCGCUGGCACCCGUGAAGAAGAUGUCCAAGUCGUGGAUAUCACCGAUGAGAUUCCUUCACCUGAUUCGGCUCCCGAUGCCACCCUUGCUGAUCUUACGAAGAAGAGGAAGAGAGGUUCCCUGAUCUCUGUGGGUGAGAAGGAGAGACAGGAGGGCCUAAAAAAGGCUGGCAAGUCCUCAGAGCCAGCGAGGAGGUCUGCUGGUGGUGUGAAGAUUCUCACUCCUGCUGGGGACAAAGGCAAAGGGCCAGCGAAGAAGUCAGCUGGUAGUUCCAAGGCUCUCCCCUCUGCCGGUGGAAAGGGUAAGGGCAAAGCUGUGGUGCCCUCGACUGACGAACCAGAGGAUCUUGUUCCUGGGCCGAUUUCGAGUUUAUCGGGGCAGGAAUUGAUUGACGCCUUGAUAGCUCGUGUCCACUCGAAGGACCAAGAGAAAAUGGUGAAGCUGACCCGACCGGCUUUAGCUACUCAGCUCUGCCGGUUGGCUCUUCAGGUGGAGUCGGGGAUGUGGGGGGCUAUUAAGUGCCUCCAUGACUACGAGAUGGCUGAGAAAGAACGGGAGAAGGAACAGGCGGACAUCGCCAAGCGUGAUGAUGAUGUCGCCGGGGUAGUAGAGCGUCUGAGUAAAGCUGAAGCGGAGAUCGCUGAUUUGAAAGAUAAAUUAGCUCAGGUGGAGGUGGAGAGAGCGUCCUUGGCCUCCGAGUUGUCGAGAGCCACAAAGGAGAGCCACGAAAGCUUAGCCAGGUUCAAAGCUGGUUAUGAAAGAGACUACAGGGAAGCCAGGCGGGGUUGGAAGAGGAUACUUGUGGAAGCUCAGAACCGCGCGUUCGUUCUGGGGGCUCGAGAUCAACGCCUGGAGUAUUUCUUGUCUCCGCGGGGUCAACACUUCCUGGGGUUGAUGCUGGAAGGUACUCUGGAGGCUUUCAAAAAGACUCCCGAGUACUUGGCGGAUUUUGGACCCCUCUUUGCUUAUGAUGAGGAGAUAAAUAAGCGGAUGGGGAUCCCUGAGCAUUCUCCAGAGAAGCCAGAGUGGUGGUACCCGGAGGCUGCACCGUUGUUGGAUUUGGGAGUUCGUCUUCCCCAAGCGAAGGAGACUGGCCUGUUGCCCGUGUUCUCAGAGAAAAUCAUUUCGGGUCAUGCUUCUGCAAGUGGUGUUCCUUCCAGGGCUCCCUCUGCCUCUGCUCCCGUCUCCUCUGCUGUUACCCAAGCUGCCCCUGUUCCUCCCUCUUGA